AUGGCUCGUAGGCAGAGUGAUUGCCUCACUAAGUAUUUAUUAAAUACUUACGCAACUCCAUUCCAAUGUGUUGCAGCUAGAGGUUGUGGCGCGAGAGGGCGCGGUGCUCGAGGCCGUGGUGGCAGAGCUAGAGGCCGUGGAGGCCGGGGCCGAGGAUUGUGGACUUCGGCGGAUUCGGGAGAGAGUGUGGUGCCUAGUGUGGCGACUGCGUCGGUGACCCAGUCGGUAUCCGUGGCGAGUGAGGCCAGUGUGGAUGCGAGUGUUGGUUUGGGAGCGGGGGCUGCUCCGGGUUGGGGUGGUGCUCCGGCUCAGGGUCUUGAUGACUUAGUGGUGGGUUUGCUGACGCAGUUAUUGGCUCGUUUUCCGCCAGUGGUUCCACAGGGGCUCCGGGAGUACCUCCAGUGGCAGAGGUGCAGCAGAGGGCUGCGGGAUUUGUUCAGCCGCAGGCUGUGGGUUUGA